CCGGUGGACGGGGCGCUCGGACGCGGCCCCGCGGCGGCGGCCGUUAGCAGCGCAGGCGUGACACCCACCCGCCGCCCGAGUCCGAAGCGCCGGCGUCGCCCCAGCCCGGCGGGAGGAGCCCCCCGCGGGCUCCGCUCCUGGGGCUGAAGCCCGGGAACCGCCGCCGCGGGAGCCCCCGCCGCGCAGUCGCGCCUCCGUCGGGGCGCCCCGUGCCCUUGUAUGCCCGCGCGCCCUGCCGACUGCGCGGGUUCAGUUUCCCUUCGGGGUUGGAGGCGGGACGCGGACAGGGCACGAGCCCCCGCGCGCCAAGCGGAACGAGUUGUCCGCAGGAGACCACGCCGUGUCCGGCGUCCCCGCGGGCCCAUGGGCUCUGCAUCCGGAUAGUCGGGGUGUUUGCUGAACCGUGAAACGGCCGUUACGGGGUGGUUUCACGCACGACGAGCUGCUGAAGGUCUGGAAGGGACUGUUUUACUGCAUGUGGAUGCAGGACAAGCCGCUCCUCCAGGAGGAACUAGGGAGGACCAUUUCCCAGCUCCUGCAUGCCUUUCAGACGACAGAGGCACAGCACCUGUUCCUGCGGACGUUCUGGCAGACCAUGAACCGUGAGUGGACGGGCAUCGACAGACUGCGCCUGGACAAGUUCUACAUGCUCAUGCGGAUGGUCCUGAACGAGUCCUUGAAGGCCCUGAAGAUGCGCGGGUGGGAAGACAGGCAGAUCGAGCAGCUGCUGGAGCUGCUGACGACAGAGAUCCUGCACCCUGACAGCCAGGCCCCCAGCGGGGUGAAGAGCCACUUCCUGGAGAUCUUCCUGGAGGAGCUGAGCAAAGUGGGCGCCGCUGAGCUGACGGCGGACCAGAACCUCAAGUUCAUUGAGCCCUUCUGCGCCAUCGCUGCUCGCACUCAGGACUCCCUGGUUUUGCACAACAUCACUCGGAGCAUCUUCGAAGCGAUCGUGGAACAGGCCCCGUUUGCCAUCGAGGACCUUCUGGACGAGCUGGACGCGCAGGAGGGGGAGGAGGGGACGUCGGAGGACGAGGGGACGUCGGAGGACGAGGAGCGCGAGCGGGAUGCGCCGUCUGUGCAGCCAGGCUCCCCCCGUGGGGCUGCACUCCCUGGCAGGAGCGACGAGCCGCCGGGAGGUGAUGAGGACGCCGUGGGCCCCGUCCUCCAGUUUGACUACGAGGCCGUAGCCAGCAGACUGUUCGCGGUGGCCAGUGAGCAGAGCACCCCUUCCCAGAACCGGAAGCGCCUCUACAAAGUGAUCCGGAAGUUGCAGGACCUUGCCGAAGGCGUCUUCCCAGAGGAUGACGUACCGGAAAAAGCCUACAGGAACCUGCGAGACGAGGAGCAGGAGAGGAGGACGAAGAAGCGUUUGCCCAAAGCCAGGUCACAAAACCACCCAGGGGAAGGCAGGAAGGAGGACUCGUGUCCAGACCCGAGCUCCGGAUCCAAGAGGAGGAUGAGGCGGCGGCAGCGGCGGGGUUCUGGGGCUGAGCCCGUGGCGCCCCAGGAGCAGCGUGGGGGCCCAGGCAGGAGAGGGACUCGGAAGAAGAGGCGGCGGCUUCGGGCUGGGGCCAAAGUGAAGGGGGCCAGAUGCCAGGAGCUACGGACCGAGCAGCGGCCUCUGCAGAGCCGGAAGUGACCCCAGCAGGCCCAGCCCACGCAGGGAGGUGCGGUCCCUUUGGCUUCUUGCGCUGAGUGGCGUUGGGGCACAGGACCGCAGGGCCCUGUUCCUGAGACGGAGGACACGGACUCCCACGGCUCUCUGACGUGCUGUGUUGGCAGGAGGUCAGGCUGCAGAGAGUGUGGACACCUUGCUUACCUUGGUCAGGCCAGGAAGCCCCCGGAGACCUACAACUGCUUGGCAGACCGCCCUCCCUGGGCCGGGGCCUGGCUGGACGUGGGAGUGUCCGUGAAUAAAGUGCCGUGCGGCUCUUAGGAGCAGGUUGGCGGCCAGUGGUGUGACCCGA